CAUCCUGUUACUGCAAAACGUGACAUCAAUCAAGUACAUAAGAUUUAUAACUUUCGACAGUCUAAUAGCAGAAAAGAUAUAAGAUGCUUGAAAAGCUAUUGACAUCAGUUGUAAGUGACACAUUCCAGAUCCCAGUAUGGACAGUAGUUCUUGCAACAGUUUGUAUACUUUGGCUGGUGUGGGAGCGGAAGAAACCCCCUAAGUCACAGAUCAACACAGAGCAAGUGAAAGAAAAUGUGCCACACAAUGCUCCGUCGCCAUCAUCUACAGGGACAGAAAAUGUUGCACUGAAGAAAAAAUAUGAUGUAUCAAAAUUUGUUCGUCUAAAAUUGAAGGUAUUUUAUGGCUCACAGACUGGAAAAGCUAAGGUUUUUGCCAGCCAGCUGUGUGACGAGGUAACAAAGAAAGGAUACAUAGUGGAACUGAUAGAUCUAAACAAAUAUGAUCCUGAGGAUAACUUAGCUGAUGAAAGUACAGACACAGUUUGUGUAUUUAUCCUGUCCACAUACACAGAGGGUACCCCUACAGAAAGUGCGGCCUGGUUUUAUAAAUGGUUAGAGGAGACUUCAACAGAUUUCCGUGUAGAGAAAACACUACUGAAGAAUCUGCAAUACUGUGUGUUUGGUCUAGGGAACUCCUUGUACACAGACCAUUAUAAUGUGGUUGGUAAGAAUAUUGACAAAUGGUUACACAGCUUAUCUGCAAUGAGAGUUAUGCCCCUUGGUAUGGGAGAUGAAGAUGUAGUUAAUAGUAAGCAUGGAGGUAUAGAAGAAGACUUUAGAGCUUGGCGUAAAAUAUUCUGGCGUAAAGCUGGACCAAUAUUGACUGGGAGAAAACAGCUGACUCCAAACACAACAGGUGGGAAGAAAGAAAAGGGAAAAUGUGGUGGGAAGUGUAAAUGUAAGGAGGAUGGUGGUAAAUGUAGCAGUGACGAGGAACCGGCGUCAGAAGAUGAGUUGUACGAGACCACUACUGAUGAGGAAGCAGACGACACUGUAGAAAAUGAGGAGGGAGUAACACAGAACAGCUCAGGUGUUGUUGACCUUGAAGAUCUUGGAAAGGUCAUGAAAAAAAUGAAAACUGCCAAGGUGCAUAGAAAAGCUGAAGAAGAAGCUGCAAUGAAUGGUACAGAAAAGAAGGAGAUGGUUACCCCACAGCUAAGGAAAGCCCUUGUCAAACAGGGGUACAAGAUAGUAGGCUCACACUCAGGUGUGAAACUCUGCAGGUGGACAAAGUCAAUGUUACGAGGUAGAGGGGGUUGCUACAAGCAUACAUUUUAUGGAAUAGAGAGUCACAGAUGUAUGGAGACCACGCCCAGUCUUGCCUGUGCCAAUAAAUGUGUCUUCUGUUGGAGACAUCACACAAAUCCAGUUGGCACAGAAUGGAGAUGGCAGAUGGAUGACCCAGAAGUGGUAUUUAAUGGUGCUCUAGAAAAUCAUGUCAAUAUGAUUAAACAGUUUAAAGGUGUGCCAGGUGUCCAGCCGGACAAGUUUGAAGAAGGAAAGCAGCCACAGCACUGUGCCUUAUCUCUUGUUGGGGAGCCCAUCAUGUACCCAGAAAUCAACAAAUUUAUAGAUCUGCUACAUGAUAAACAGAUUUCAACUUUCCUUGUUACUAAUGCUCAAUUCCCAGAGGCAAUAAAGAAUUUGUCUCCUGUUACGCAGCUGUAUGUUAGUGUUGAUGCCAGUACAAAAGAUAGCCUGAAGAAAAUUGAUCGUCCAUUGUUUAAAGACUUCUGGGAAAGAUUUCUAGAUAGCUUGAAGGAGCUGUCAGAUAAAGGGCAGAGAACUGUGUACAGGUUAACUCUUGUGAAGGCUUUCAAUACAGAUGAGAUUGAAAAUUAUGCGAAACUUGUAGCACUGGGAAACCCUGAUUUUAUUGAAAUUAAGGGUGUGACAUACUGCGGAGAUUCAAAGGCAUCUAGUCUUACCAUGAGUAAUGUCCCCUGGCAUGAGGAAGUAGUCGGGUUUGUUAAACAGAUUGCUGAUGAGCUGCCAGACUAUGAGAUUGCUUCAGAACAUGAGCAUUCUAACUGUAUCCUCCUAGCACAUAAAAGGUUUAAGGUAGAUGGAGAGUGGUGGACGUGGAUAGACUAUCCAAAGUUUCACGAGCUUGUUAGGAAACAUAGAGAAAGCAACGGCAAACAGAGCUUCUCGGCGAAGGACUAUAUGGCUAAAACUCCUCACUGGGCAGUGUUUGGUGCUAAAGAACAAGGCUUUGAUCCAAAAGAGACAAGAUACUUUAGAAAGUCAAAGAAAGACAUUGGUGGUUGUUGAAAAAAAAUUGCAAAUUUGAAAUAAGCUGAACAUAUUUUCCCCAUGAAGUCAGAUGACCCAUUGCUAAAAACAAGAAAAAUAGAAGUAGAAUAUUCAUCAUAUUGAUGCAUACCAUACAUUUUUGUGUAAAAAGUUUUACCUUGAGGUUUUUUGUCCAUUGAGUGUCUAGAGACCUGCAAAUCAUGAAAGUGAGACCUCAGUGAGUGGGUAAGGUUGCUGUUAAACAUUAAAUCACAGUCACUCCUACACAUACUGUGUGUGUUGGGGCCAUACCAGAAACAAAAUGUUUAAUGUGAGGAAGUCAUCCAACUGGCUUGUGGAAAGUGCAUGGUUCUACCCAAGUGCAUGUCCAUGACAGAAAUGGUGAGCAGUAGGUGCACCUGUGUCAUACACCAUGAAAAAGGAAAUGCUGUUUCUUAGCUGCUGAGAUUAAAUACAUUUAUAUUUGCAGCUUGAAAAAUAUUUCCAUGAAAACAUGGUGUAUGCUGCCACCUGAAUGGAAUACCAGGUUUAUAAAUCAGAGUCUGCCAUUGAAAGUCAUAUCAAUCAGUCAUUUUUAGCUCAUCUGAUUUUUUGAAAAAAAAUGAUGAGUUAUUGUCAUCACUUGAGCGGUUGUCGGCGUCGGCGUCGGCGUUGCCUGGUUAAGUUUUAUGUUUAGGUCAGCUUUUCUCCUAAACUAUCAAAGCUAUUGCUUUGAAACUUGGAAUACUUGUUCACCAUCAUAAGCUGACCCUGUAUAGCAAGAAACAUAACUCCAUCUUGCUUUUUGCAAGAUUUAUGGCCCCUUUUGUACUUAGAAAAUAUCAGAUUUCUUGGUUAAGUUUUAUGUUUAGGUCAACUUUUCUCCUAAACUAUCAAAGCUAUUGCUUUGAAACUUAAAAUACUUGUUCACCAUCAUAAGCAGACCCUGUACGUCAAGAAUCAUAACUCCAUCUUGCUUUUUGCAAGAUUUAUUGCCCCUUUUGGACUUAGAAAAUCAGUUUUCUUGGUUAAGUUUUAUGUUUAGGUCAGCUUUUAUCCUAAACUAUCAAAGCUAUUGCUUUAAAACUUGCAACACUUGUUUACCAUCAUAAGUUGACCCUGUAUAGCAAGAAACAUAACUCCGUCCUGCUUUUUGCAAGAUUUAUGGCCCCUUUUUGACUUAGAAAAUAUCAGAUUUCUUGGUUAAGUUUUAUGUUUAGGUCAACUUUUUCUCUUAAACUAUCAAAGCUUUUGCUUUGAAACUUGCAACACUUGUUCACCAUCAUAAGCUGACCCUGUACAGCAAGCAACAUAACUCCAUCCUGCUUUUUGCAAUAAUUAUUGCCCCUUUUGGACUUAGAAAAUCAUUUUCUUGGUUGAGUAUUAUGUUUAAGUCAACUUUUCUCAUAAACUAUUAAAGCUAUUGCUUUAAAACUUGCAACAGUUUUUCACCAUCAUAAGUGGACACUGUACAUCAAGAAACAUAACUCUAUCCUGCUUUUUGCAAGAAUGAUGGCCCUUUUUAGACUUAGAAAAUCAUGGGUAGGACAAUAUUUCUAUUACACAAAAAAAAUCAGAUGAGCGUCAGCACCCGCAAGGCGGUGCUCUUGUUCCUUCACAGUUUGCUUGCAUAGAAAUGUGAAACCUGUGUUUUGUUGUUCUGCUGUAUGCAUGAAAUGUUUUGUUUUUUAUGCCCUGAAGGGAGGCAUAUUAGUUUUCAACUGUUCGUUCGUUAGUCACAAUAUUAACUUUUUGCAUGAAGGCUUUUUACUCGUGAACCACUGCACCCAGGACCUUCAAACUUCACAUGCUGAUAGUACUCAUUGAGUACACGACCCCUACUGACUUUGGGGUCACCAGGUCAAAGGUCAAGGUCACAGGGGCCAACGUUAACUUUUUGCAGGAAGGCACUUUACUCGCGAACCACUGCACCCAGGACCUUCAGACUUCACAUGCUAUCAUCGAGUUAACGACCCCUACUGACUUUGGGGUCACAAGGUCAAAAGUCAAGGUCACAGGGGCCAACGUUAACUUUUUGCAUGAAGGCACUUUACACACGAACCACUGCACCCAGGACCUUCAAACUUCACAUGCUGAUAGUACUCAUUGAGUACAUGACCCCUACUAACUUUGGGGUUACCAGGUCGAAGGUCAAGGUCACAGGGGCCAACGUUAACUUUUUGCAUGAAGGUACUUUACUCGCGAACCACUGCACCCAGGGCCUUCAAACUUCACAUGCUGAUAGUACUCAUUGAGUACAUGACCCCUACUUACUUUUGGGUCACCGGGCAGAUAGUACUUAUUGAGUAUAUGACCCCUACUAAUUUUGGGGUCACCAGGUCAAAGGUCAAGGUCACAGGGGCCAAUGUUAACUUUUUGCAUGAAGGCACUUUACUUGCGAACCAUUGCACCCAGGACCUUCAAACUUCACAUGCUAAUAGUACUUAUUGAGUACACAACCCCUAUUGACUUUGGGGUAACCAGGUCAAAGGUCAAGGUGCUGCGGGGGCAUUUGUCACCAUUAGUGACAGCUCUUGUUAUUUGAUUAAGAAGAGUUGUUUUUCAUUAAGGAUAUGCAAAAAAAAAACCACACUUUGCUGAUAAUUACUGUCAAAAAUAAUCUUAAGGUUGUUUAUUGAAAAAUGAAAAUGUGGACAAGUUUCAGUAUCAUAAAUUGUUAAAUGUUAGCUUGACUAUCUCCAACUGAAAGUUCAUACAAGUAAAGCGAAAUCUCAGUA